CAGCAGACUGCUGUCCCAGCUAUCUCUGUUCUAGAGUUGUUGCAGGAYGAGGAGCGACGGCGUAAGCAGCAGCUGGAGGAGAUUAGGAGGCGGGAGGCCGAGGAGCGAGCGAAGCAGGAGGAGGAGAGGAGGUGGAGGGAGGAGGAGAGAGCCAGACGGGAGGCAGAGGAGAAGAGGAGACAGGAGGAGGAGUACUACACUCGCCUGGAGGCCGAGCGGCGGCGGCAGCACGAGGAGGCGGAGAGAAAGCUGCUGACGCCCGAUGACCCGGCCGGUCUGUAUCGGCCCCCGCUGCCCCGGGAAUACCAACCUCCCGCCCCCAACAACCCCACUAACACCCCCCCACCCCCACCCCAGAGAAACACCUCCUACCUCAAAACACAGGUCAUCUCCCCCGACACGCUCUACACCGCCAAGUUCGUCCCGUACGCGGGCGACGAGGAAGACGACGAGGAAGCCGAGACGGCGGGGAGCGGCGGCCCGUCAGGUCAGGCCAAGCUGUCGGCGACCCGGAAGUCAUACGGCGACCUCCCGGCUUCCGCCUCGCACGGUCAAAGCAGGCCUCAGCCGCCGCCCACUGCUCGCAAGCCCCGCCCGCUUUCCGAUGGCAUCUUCUUGUCUGGCUCGUUCCAACCGCCAGUCAACAACUCCAACAGUACAGGCCCCCCCCUUCCCACCAAACCCAGCUCCGCCCUCCCAGGAGGCUAUAAAG